AGUCGUUGGCGGUAAGUCGAUCGCAGUAGUAGCAAGCAGCCGCCAUCCAGCAGCGAAAGCACGGGACCGAACGUGUAUCGGAACGCGAGUGCGCUGUUUGAAGGGUUGAUCCAUAAAUCGUUGUAGUUAAAGUGUUUAGCGAGCUGUUUUGGGUCUAAAAAUCUACAGCGACAGCAGGACAGCCACCGCGAAAGGAAAUAAUGCUGAUAACGGCCCGUGAGUGUAUUAUCGAUCGAACUCAAUGCGUGAGGGAUCAAUCAGUGCUGUGAUAAGAAAAAAGAUCAGUGAAGAUUUGAAGGGGAAAGUAGCAUCGUAGUGAUCGUAUCGUGUUGCAACAGUUCCUUCGCUCCGCACGUGUGGUACAAUGGAUUCGCAGGAGCAAAAUCAGGUCGAAAUUCAAGCAGUGAACCCAAUUCCCAAUCGGCGUCCCAUCAACGAUCUGCAUUACAGUGCGAUUAACAGUAACUACCGGCAGCAGAACAAGCUCAACAGCAACAGUUCCAACAGCCCGGCGAAUGUGGCGAGCACGUCCGGUAGUGAGGAAACGAAGGCACUGCUGCCGACGGUUGGACCAAGCGGGCGCAAGUUUGUGAUCGUACCAUGCCAAACGGGAGGAGCUGAUCCCGGUGGGACGGCAGCGGGCCCGAGUGGUGGAACGGGUGGCGGGAAUCCGGGAACAAGUGGUGUGAAGGUUGAGCCUGGCGAGGGUUCGAUGUCUAGCGGACCGAGCUCGAUCACAGUUCCAACGGCUCCGGUUGGUUCGUAUCUGAAGCCGAAAUACUUCAACAGUCUCCGAUCAGUCCGAUCAGCGAAUGAUCCACAGGGGCUGGCGAAUGCACAACAGAACCAAACCACGAUCGUUCGGAGUGGUUCGUACAUAUUCAGCGAUGUCGGUGGUACGCCGCGGCUAUUCUCCGACGCCACCUCGAUCCGAUCGCUUGCGUCAAUCGGCAUGGGAUCCACCGAUGGGCGGCGAAUGGUGAUCCGAAGGGUACCGAACUCCCCGAACGAGCUGCUCACCAUGAUCAACCCACCGACCCCACCCGAUGAAACGUACGAGAACGAAAGCUACGGCGGCCUGUCGGACGAUUCCGAUCUCGAUAAUCUCAAACCGCGCAAGCAGCACUGGGCGAACAAGAUGCAGUUUGUGCUUGCCUGCAUCGGAUACUCGGUCGGUCUGGGUAACGUGUGGCGAUUUCCGUAUCUGUGUUAUAAAAGCGGUGGAGGCGUAUUUCUGGUGCCCUAUUUCAUCAUUCUGCUAAUCUGUGGAAUUCCCAUGCUGUUCAUGGAGCUUGCCGUCGGUCAGUAUACGGGCCGCGGACCGAUCGGUGCACUUGGUCAGCUCUGCCCGCUGUUUAAAGGUACCGGUCUGGCGAGUGUGGUCGUUUCAUUCCUGAUGUCCACGUACUACAGUGUGAUCAUUGCGUAUGCAAUCUACUACUUCUUCACCUCGUUCCGGCCGGAGCUACCGUGGACGGAUUGUUCGCACCGCUGGAACACACCCGACUGCUGGAUACCGGAACGCAUGAAGCACAACCUGACGCGCCCGGAUAUGUCCCGCACACCGACGGAGGAGUUUUUCGAAAACAAAGUCCUACAAAUCAGCCACGGUAUCGAGUAUCCGGGUGCGAUGCGAUGGGAACUGGUAGCGUGUCUGGUCUGUGCCUGGAUUCUGGUGUACUUUGCCAUCUGGAAGUCGAUCAAAUCAUCGGCAAAGGUUCGCUACCUUACGGCAACUCUUCCGUUUGUGCUGAUCGUAGUGUUUCUGGGACGCUCACUGACACUGGAAGGUGCGGACAAAGGUCUUCACUACUUCUUCCGUCCAAAUUGGGAAGAAUUGGGUCGAGCUAAUGUUUGGAUCAACGCAGCAGCUCAAAACUUUAACUCGAUCGGUAUCGCGUUUGGUUCGAUGAUAUCGUUCGCCAGCUACAACAAGUACAACAAUAAUAUUCUUCACGACACGCUGGCAGUGUCGUUCGUCAAUGCCAUCACUAGCCUGCUGGUCGGUAUCUUUGCAUUUGCCACCAUCGGCAACAUAGCGCUGGAGCAGAGCACUACCGUGGAGGACGUGAUCAGCGGUGGUCCGGGAUUGAUCUUCGUCGUGUAUCCUCAGGCGCUAGCGAAAAUGCCUGCCGCUCAGCUGUGGGCCGUGUUGUUCUUCUUCAUGCUACUCUGUCUGGGUUUGAAUAGCCAGUUCGCGAUCGUAGAAGUUGUGGUCACCUCGAUCCAGGAUGGAUUCCCUCGGUGGAUCAAACGAAAGCUCGUUUACCAUGAGCUGCUGGUGCUGAUCGUGUGCGUCGUGUCGUUCUUCGCCGGGUUGCCCAAUCUCAUACAGGGCGGAAUAUACUUCUUCCAGCUGAUCGAUCACUAUGCGGCUUCGGUUUCGAUCAUGUUUCUGGCCUUCUUCGAGACGAUAGCGAUCGCCUGGUUCUAUGGUAUAAAUCGUCUGUCGAAGAAUGUGAAGCAAAUGACGGGACGCUAUCCAUCGUUUUAUUUGCGGUUCUGUUUGCUAAUCGCCGUCCCAGUGCUGUUGAUCUCGUUGUGGAUAUUUAGCUUGAUCAACUAUGAAGCUCCAACGUAUCAUAACGGAAAGUAUCACUAUCCGGGCUGGGCUCACGGACUUGGAUGGACAAUAGCCUCCGCUUCUUUGGUUUGCAUUCCAUCGUAUGCCGUCUAUCAGAUUGUUCGUGCUGAAGGCGAUACAUUUGGACAGAAACUGCUGAACACGUUGAAGCCGAACAUUUACGAGUGUAAGAUAUGUGGUGAACACCAUUGCGAUCAUGACUUCCCCGAUGAAGAGCUGGGACCGGAAAUGGCAAUCGUCGAGUCAACGUCCGGCGCACCUCUAAUUCUGCAGCCACCUCCACCGGGACAUUUGCACUACACACAGCAACAUCAGCAGCAGCAGCAGCAGCAACAACAACCGCAACAACUGAAUCCCCAAGAAGAGCCGAUGCUGCGCACCACGAAUACCGCUCCCACCAACAAUGGUCCACAGAAUUCAAACGCUAACGGUGAAGCGCGAUGAUUCGGCGAACGGUGAAGCCAACCCCCGUACACAGUAACAUUUGAAAGUUUAAACACAAUUUUAGAUAACGUUUAGCAUUAUAAAAAAGCUUGCAAUUGCAAAUCAACCCCACGUGCGGAUAAAAGACAACUCAAUAAUUUUAGUGAAAUGUCACCACUUAGUUACCAUUACCGUGAUCGUGAUAGGAACGAACGCACCUAACCGAUUAGUGGGUAGUCUAAUAUCGUUUGCUAAAACGAAACGGGAAGGGAAACGAAGAUGAAAAGGGAUCGUUUCAUCGCCGUGUUCAUGUGUUCUCUUGGCAGCGAACGUCCAAGGGGCGCUUAGUGUCUGGCGUUAGGGUCAUUACUAGUUUCUUUCCUAGCAUGUAAUAUCGGGUAUGCUCCAAGAGCUUGCCUCCUCUCCGUCAACGGUUGUGUAGACUUCGAAAUCGUUCGUUUUGUGACAAACCAAGUUAGUCGAGUCGAUCGGAAAAUUGGACGAAUGAAAGAGAUGUACGAUAAUUGUUAAUGCUUGCUAGGUUCGUUUCUAAAUGUAAUAAAACCAGAGUACUAAAAACAUGGUU